UCUCUCUCUCUCUCUCUCUCUCUCUCUCUCAAAAAAUGUGGCUUUAUUAACAGACGCACUCCAAAGCUAACGUUGCUUUCUUCCCACUCCAAAUGGCUCUUCUUGUGUAAAGCUUUUGCCUCUCUCAGAACACACCCACAGACUCUUACGAAGAAGAAGACUUUCUAUCUUCAGGGAGCUUUGAGAAACACAAAGAGAGAGAUAGAUAGAUGGAGAACUAUUUCAUCUUAUUCCGCCAUUGAUGCAACCUCUGUUUCUCUAUCUUACGAAAUUCAAUUCCCCUUUCUGCUUUCUCAAUUUUCGAAUUUUCCGAGUCGAACGAUUUCAAGCUCCAAAAGAAGCUUCUUUUUUUAACUUGAGCGAGUUUGAUCAAGUCGGUCGGUUCUGGUUUUCUCUGAAUUUCAACUCGGUCAAUUCCGGUUUAAGCGUGAUAUUUUGUUUUUCCUAUUAUGGAUCUGACCCAUGGUUUCGGAGCUAGAUCCGGCAUCGGUCCGGUGACCGGACUGGAAUCGCUCAAUUUCAGUGACGAAUUCCGGCAAUUGGUGACAACGACGCCUCCGGAGAAUUCCGGCGGCUCUUUCACGGCUUUGCUCGAGAUGCCCGUGACUCAGGCUAUGGAGCUUCUCCAUUUCACAGAUUCAUCGUCUUCUCAGACGAACAUUACCAAACUCGCCGGGGAUAUCUCUCCUCAUCCUUUCGGGACGUUGACUUUUCCUUCUAACUCGCUUCUCUUGGACCGCGCCGCUCGUUUCUCUGUGAUUGCCACUGAGCAAAAUGGAUAUAUCUCCGGCGAAACUCCCAGUUCUAGCGCGAAUCUGGACAGAGUCAAGGCCGAGCCUGCUGAGACCGAUUCAGUUUCGGAGAAUCAGAAUUCGAAACAGAACCAGAACAAGAGGAAAGAACGCGAGAAGAAGGCUAAAAGCUCGAUGAAGAAGACGAAGAGCUCCGUAGAGGAAGACAAGUUGCCAUAUGUUCACGUUAGAGCUCGUCGUGGUCAAGCUACUGAUAACCAUAGCUUAGCAGAGCGAGCAAGAAGAGAGAAGAUAAACGCACGAAUGAAGCUGCUACAGGAACUGGUCCCAGGCUGUGAUAAGAUUCAGGGAACUGCAUUGGUUCUGGAUGAAAUCAUUAACCAUGUGCAAUCUUUACAGCGUCAAGUGGAGAUGCUAUCUAUGAGACUUGCUGCAGUAAACCCCAGAAUUGACUUCAAUCUCGACACCAUAUUGGCUUCAGAAAACGGCUCUCUUAUGGAUGGUAGCUUCAAUGGAGAGUCCUAUCAUCAGCUGCAACAAUGGCCUUUCGAUGGCUACCAUCAGCCUGAAUGGGGAAGAGAAGAAGAUCAGCAUCAAGCCGAUUUCCCAAUGGGUUCAACGACUUUACAGCCAAAUCAGGUGAAAGUGGAGCUCUAAGUUGGAAACACUUUGACUGCAUGCUUGUGUAUAUAUAUAAGAGACAUAUAUCUCCUAAAGUUUCGAUUGUUGAAUUAGAGGUAGCAUAAGGUUAUGAUUUGUUUCAGGUCUCUUUGUUCAUGGCCUUUCUAUGUAGAAUUCAGAAUGUUUCCUAUAUAAAAGAGAAGUAUAUGAAGAUUUUAUGUUACUGUGCAAAUACGAUGUCAUAAAUUGAAUAAGCCAAUAAUCAUUAACCGUCUAA